AUGGGCGAACACGAGCCGAUGGUCUCGCAUGGGCGUGGAGGACAAGGGAACAUCGGCCACGACACGACAGAAUAUGUCGACGGCGAGAUCGUUCGUGAGGGUAUCUACGGAGACCAGGGGGACGGGGCAUAUUCUGCAGGGCGCGGCGGUGCCGGCAACAUCGGCUCCCCGAACGUCCGCCCAACCUCCAAAGUCCCGCACGACGCCGAGAUGAUCCCCGAGCUGGCAGUCCGCAGCUCUGUCGAUGAGAACUACCAUGUGGGGCGGGGCGGCCAAGGCAACGUCCACCUCGACGAGGCGACUCGCAAAGAAAAAGAGGAGAAGCGGCACAAAGGCCUGGCGCAUGAGGGGCUGGCCGAUAAAUUGAAGAACAAGCUGCUGGGGAAGAAAUAG